UUAUGUUUUACUAGCAACCCGCAAACUAUCAAUUAGCGGCAUGUGCCGCUAAAGGCAUAAAACUGUUAUAUUAGCGAAGUGCAAACAAUUAAUUAGCGACCCAGGCCUCAAGGUCAAUUAGUAAACUUAUUAACUAUCUUUAAUUUGCCGCGUGGAUUGUACAAACUGUGUAAUGAACACUGAAAGAGUAAAUAAGGUCUGUUGAACACAUAGUAUAUAAUAAGUGCGUUGUUCAUCGCAUUCACAAAACCAGUAAUGGCAGAAGAAUACCCGUGCGUGUAUUGUGAGCGGAAUGUCGGCCAAGAUGACAGAGCGACGAAUGUGAAAGAUGGCAACAUCUGUCGUGUGAGACUGUUGUCAGUUUACGGCAGUAUAGGAAAAUGAUGAAAGGGGAAGUCUUCGUAGAAUGGAAGUGUUGGGAGUGUAGCCGACCAGUUCCAAUGGAUGUUACACCCGAGGUGAAGGUUCCAAUGGAUUUUACACUAGAGGUACCGGAGAUACCAGAGGCUAAUGACAUUUCUAUAAUGUCCGAACUCUCGGUGGAGUCUCGUUCCGACGAAGUUGAAGACAGAACAUUCAACAUCUCCAAUCCGGAGAUUGAGCAACCCAACCUGCCGCUAGACGAUUCCGUUCGGGAACGUCCUCUGGAUGCUGUAAUACCUGAGGACGGACCCAUCACAUAUGAUGUUGUGACCAGCGGCACAAAAGGAGGAGGGAGGAAGCUGGUCAGCAGCGACGGCCACUCGUACACCGCAAAGUGCAGUAAAGGUAGUCGCUCAUACUGGCAGUGCCGUAUUUGCCGUGCGAACACAUCGUUCCUGCCUUCAAACAGUUGAAGAUGCAGGCUUAAGAGGUCAGCGGUCCUCUUCUAAAUGUAGUCCUGUACCUGGAAAGAAUGUGGGUCAGAGGAUCAAUGUGGACUCCAGCAAAUUGGAGUGUGUAUUGUCAGACAGUGAAAACCAACAACGACGUUGAAGGGUGGCAUCGCAGGAUCAACACUCAGGCAGGGCGUGCCGACCUAGGGUUCUACUUGCUCGUCCCCCUGUUACGCCGUGAGGCAGAUAAGGUGGAUAUGCCGAUCCGCCUAGUGUCUGAGCACGCCCUGACACGCGUGCAUCGGAAGAAAUACCAAGAAGUCCAUGGGAAUCUCUUCCUCAUAUGGGAGCAGUAUGAGGACCAUAAGACAACGACUACCCAGCUUCUACGGGCAUGUAGUCGCAUUGCAGGUCUGGGACCUGAUACAUCCCAUGACCAGGUUCACGACGAAAACGAGGUCUGAAGAAAAACAACUGGAAAAAAUCUUGUUGUGUAUAAGAGGCUCUGUUACAUUGUUUGUAUAUAUUUGUGCUAUGUGUAUAAAAGGCUGUUUUUAUUGCUUGUGAAUAUGUAUUUAUUUGUGUAUUUUUUUUUAAGAAAUCUUGUGAAAUCUGAUUUUAAAAAAACAACGUGUAGUGUACUGUAUUUGCUAAGAGGCUGUUUUAUUGUGUGUAUAUAUGUGUACAAAAUGUGAAAUAUAUCUUGUGGCGUGAUGUUUUAUUUUAUUU